UGUCGACGUUACACACGUAGCUACACUUCCUCACCCUCUGAAAAAACGAUCUACCGAUGUAACCAGGUGAAGGCCAAAUAGUCAACACAAGGUCGCAUGACAACACAAGGUUUCCAGAGGGCACAGCUGGUUUGAUGCCCGCGGCUCCACAAUGGAGCUAUCUGACUCAGUUACACAUAAGAACGGGCGGCAGAGGAAGCCUGCUGUCCCCCAGGGGGACAUGAGUGACGGGAAUAGGGUUCGCAACACCACCCCUGACCUGGAGGAGGAGGGGGAAGCGUUGCUUCGAGGAUCCGACACGGAGAACAACGGACAACCCAGUGUGCAGCCUGGGAUCAGAGGGGAGCUGGGGAACGUAUCUCUGCUGCUCUUCCUUUAUGUCCUCCAGGGCAUCCCUCUGGGCCUGGCCGGGAGCAUCCCGCUCAUCCUGCAGAGUAAGAACGUCAGCUACAAGGACCAGGCCUUCUUCAGCUUUGUCUUCUGGCCCUUCAGUCUCAAGCUGCUGUGGGCCCCGCUGGUUGACGCGCUCUACCUGACCUGGUUUGGACGCCGGAAGUCGUGGCUGGUGCCCACCCAGUACCUGCUGGGUCUCUUCAUGCUGUACCUGUCGGUUACCGUGGAUACGCUGCUGAAAAGUGAUGAGGGGCACGGCCCUGAUGUGAUAACCCUGACGGCGGUGUUCUUCAUGCUGGCCUUUCUGGCAGCCACCCAGGACAUAGCAGUGGAUGGCUGGGCUCUGACCAUGCUGUCUAGGGAGAACGUGGGCUACGCCUCCACCUGUAACUCUGUGGGACAGACUGCUGGCUACUUCCUAGGCAACGUGCUCUUCCUGGCUCUGGAGUCAGCUGACUUCUGCAACAAAUACCUGAGAGCAGAGCCUAAAGAGACUGGCAUCGUGACACUGUCAGACUUCCUUUUUUGGGGCGUGGUGUUCCUGGUGUCGACCACGCUGGUGGCUAUUAUGAAGAAGGAGAACGCCAGGGGACAGCACGGGAGGAAGAAGGUCCGGGAGGAGACGCAGAGCGUCAUGGAAACAUACAAACUGCUGCUCUCCAUCAUCAAGAUGCCUGCCGUGUUCACCUUCUGUAGCCUGCUGCUCACUGCUAAGAUGGGUUUCUCUGCAGCAGAUGCAGUGACUGGUCUGAAGCUGGUAGAGGCAGGUGUUCCUAAAGAGCAGCUGGCAUUACUGGCAGUCCCCAUGGUCCCACUGCAGAUACUACUCCCUCUCAUCAUCAGUAAAUACACCGCGGGACCACGACCACUAGACGUCUUCUACAGGGCCUUUCCCUUCAGGUUGUUGAUAGGUCUGGGGUAUGCUGUGUUGGUGUGGUGGACUCCCAGUUUAAAGCAGGAAGGGGGAUUCCCCCUCUACUACUACACUAUAGUCCUGUUCAGCUACGCACUGCAUCAGGUAACACUGUUCACUAUCUAUCCAUCUCUGUUGUCUCUACUACACUAUAGUACUGCAUCAGGUAACACUGUUCACACUAUCUAUCCAUCUCUGUUGUCUCUACUACACUAUAGUACUGCAUCAGGUACCACUGUUCACUAUCUAUCCAUCUCUGUUGCCCCCUCAGUGACCCCCUCAGUGACCCCCUCAGUGACUGCUGCUGUCCAGUCCAGGUCCAGAUCAGGAGCCCACACACAAGCCCCUUACUGA